AUGGAAAAAAAGAUUCUAACCAUGAAUGACUAUAUCAGCGAUGAUUUAAUCAAAUCAUCUGUUAAUUUAAUUAUUGAUAAUACGAAGGAUGGUGCCCAAUAUAACGCAUAUGUCGAUUAUGAUAAUUGUGAAGAACUAUGGAAACAAACAUUGGAGUCAUUUGAAAAACAUGAUGAUUUUAAGUUAGAUAGGUUAAAAUUGUGCUUCAGUUUAUGCAGAUUUGCUUUAGUUACUAGAUUAAGGCCGUCACGCUUGGAGUUAAGUAAUGAUUAUUUGUCCUCUAAAGAUUAUAUUGUUGAUCAUGGGGAAUGUUGCUAUUUGAUUGAAACAAAGACUUUAGAAUACUUAGAAACUCUUGUUACUCCGAAUAAGAGUUUAGUAAAGAAAUUGUUUGGAUUAAAUUCACUGUUUUCAAUAGCUUUUCCAAAACCUUCAGUUUCUAAGAAUGUUUAUUCAAAAUCCAGUUUUAUUUCAAGAAACCCAGUUAUUUUAGAUCAUUACAAUUUAAUAACACCGUAUUGUCAGGAUCCACAGAAGAUGUUUUCGAUUAGUGAAUAUGAAAAUUUAAAUUUAGAUACGAAUUUGAUUUCGGCCAAGAAUGGUAUAUUUAGUCCAAUUCCAUUAAAUAAUGUGUCUAAUGAGGAUAAUGUCUCCAAACUUGCUUCACAUUGUUUUCUUCAUAUGAAGAUGCUAUUAGAAAUGAAAUUCGGUUACGUCGAAGUCAAAGAUCAAGACAACGAGUCAAGUAGAAGCAUUCCUUGUCACUCCUUUAAUAUUACUAAACAAGGCCACACGUUUAAAUUACCGGUUGAGGUGAAGAUUAGAGGUCUUAGAGAAGCUGUACAAAGUGAAAGUUUGGAAUUCUUAAUACAAUCUUUUUAUCAAAUGAUUACAAGCAAGGCUUCGUGGGGUAUAUUGAUUGAUACAGAAAUUAUAAUUAUAAUAAAAAUCAAACCAUCGAAUUUCAAUAAAAAUAGAGAUUGCAAUGUGACUAAGCAAGAUGAAUAUAAAGUUGAUCUUCAAAUUGAGAGUCAUUAUCAUAACUCAUUCCAGAGUUUUACAGCAAUCAUGCAAAUUAUCUUAAAUGACUACUUUACUAAAGUUGAUCAUGAGGUUGUCCAACUAAUGGAACGGUUAAGAUCAAAACUUGAGAAAUCAGAAAACCAGAUUCAGGAAGAAGACACAGAGAGAUUCAAAAUUCUUGAGAAAUUUUGGUCAGAUGUUAGAGAUAGUUUCUCCUGGAAUGAUGAAAAGAAUGCUUUUGUUCAUAGUGCAACAUAUUUAAGUGAAUGCUUCUCCAAGAAUGAUCAAACAAAUUCAUAUAUACAUAAUGCCACAAAUUUAAGUAUUCCAGAAAAGUAUUAUUCUUAUUUAAGUUUAAUGUCACCACAAUAUGAUAAUUUAGUAGAAACUGACUUCAGGAUCGUCCGAAAUGUUCAAGGUGGUACUAAAGUUGAUCGCACAAAGUACCAUUCACAAGUGGCACUAGUACACCAUAUAGAUUCUGAUACUGACGCUAUCCUAAAGGUUUAUAAUCCUAUCUAUUCACCAAGAUCAGCCGUUGGUUCCAAAAGAUCUACGUUUAUCGAAAGUGCAUCGUUCGGCAUCUCCAUGUUUAUAAACGAAGUGAUGGCUUAUACAACUUUACGUGAGAGUGAACCAAACGGUAUUGAUGAUGGCAAACCUGAAAGUGCUGGUACUAAAGGGACUGAGGGGCAUGUCAAUUAUGUCCCUCAUGUCUUUCUGUAUGGUUUUUCUACAUGGGAGAAUCCAUUAACUGGUUUCUUCAUCUUACAAGAAUAUAUAAUAGAGGAUGAAAAAUUAAAGCCUGAGGCUCUCAAAUUAGCUCAAACUGCGUUACAAUAUAUCCAUAGUAAAGGAGUUCUUCAUAAUGAUAUCAAGCCUUCUAACAUGAUUUUUAGUAAGGGCCGUUGUUAUUUUAUUGACUUCGGCUUUUCUAAAAUGAAGCACUUCUCAAAGAUUAAAAAGGAAUCAUAUGAUACUGAAAAGAAAAAAUUAGUAGUGGAAAUCAAAAAGAUUAAGUAG